UUACAUUCAAUUACAAAGAGAUUUACAAUCAGUAAAAACAAGGAAAAGGGCGACAAACCGGAGGAAAAGUUUGAUUACAAUCGGAAUUCGCCGCUCGUAUUCAUCGGCGGUGUGCCGAGAAGUGGCACCACAUUAAUGAGGGUUCUCCUCGACUCGCAUCCGGACAUCAGAUGCGGUGAAGAGACGCGAGUUAUUCCCGAUUUGUUACACAUGUCCAGGAAUUGGCGCAAAUCGUCCUUUCAAUCACAGCGCCUGUCAGAGGCCGGCAUUACUGACCACUUGUUGGACUCAGUGAUGGCCGGCUUUAUAUUGGAGAUUAUGGUCAAACACGGAACGCCUGCCCCCAGGCUUUGCAAUAAAGAUCCGCUCACUUUUCAAUCGGCCCUAUAUUUAAGACAUUUGUUCCCAAACUCUAAGCUAUUACUUAUGAUACGAGACGGUCGGGCAGUCGUUCACUCCAUCAUCAUGACUAUUAGUGGCUAUGAUUUAAAUGACUUCCGCCAAUGCCUGGAGAUGUGGAACAAAGAUAUUUCUAGUAUGCACAAACAAUGCCAACGUUUGGGAAGUGAUGCCUGUCUUCCCGUACGAUACGAACAGUUAGUACUUCAGCCCAAAGUAUGGUUACCAAAAAUUUUGAGCUUUCUAUCGGUUCCCUGGAAUGACUCAGUCCUUUAUCACAAAGGGCUCAUCGGCAAAGACAAUGACAUCUCUCUAUCAAAAUUUGGAUUGUCAACGGAUCAAGUGAUUAAACCAAUCAAUAUCGAGGCGCUGUCCCAAUGGGUCGGACGCAUACCCGACGAUGUGGUCAGAAAUAUGGCUACUAUAGCGCCGAUGCUAUCGAUUCUGGGUUACGAU